AUGCUCCUUCAAACACUGCCUGAGAAGAAUCGUCCUUCGUGGACCAUCAAAGAACAGUUGGUUGCUGGUAACUACAUAUCUCGUAUCACCGAGGCUGCUGUCUCGCAGCCACUAUGUCUGGCAGUCCAGGUUAUGCUAGUCGAAAUUCUCCGCGCUGCAGGAAUCCAAUUGAAAGCUGUCACUGGUAGUUCAUCGGGCGAAAUUGGUGCCGCAUAUGCAGCUGUCUUAGAAGCAGUGAUGGCAGCCGAGGCUUCCCAUGAAGAGGCCAUGGGGAAUUGCCAGCGUCCGGAGUUCACCUACACAUACCUUGCACUAUCUGUCCCUCAUAGGUCACUACAACAAUGUCGCAGGCGCUACGAACGCUGUCCAAACAUCGAGACCGGGACUAUCACAGGUCUGAUAUUGUCCAACAGCGUCAACGAAUAUCUCCCAAAUGACCACGAGUCCCUAGGAUCACGCCUCACCCAUAUUGAUAGCGAAGUCGAAGCCGAGGCAAAUCCACGAAGAGAAACUCUUGGAGAUCCUGGGGCGUAUCAAGGCGCGCUACAGGGUGUAAAUCAGCUUUAA